AACUCAAUAUUCCUAACCAAAACAGCCAAAUAUAUAGCCACGGAAUAACACAGGUUUUGGAAAAAGAAACCAAUACAGCAUGGAUCAUGACAUGGAUCAUGGAAUGGCAAUGGCACCAAAGUCAUCAUCAUCUACCAAUGACACUAUGAUGAUGGGUCAGAUGCAUGACAUGAUGCACAUGACAUUUUUCUGGGGUAAAGAUGCAUUGAUUCUCUUUGAUAACUGGCCUGCUGGUAAUUCUGGUAAGUAUGUAUUGGCCUUGAUCCUUGUUUUCGCCAUGUCCAUACUCAUCGAGUUUCUCUCAAGCACCCGGUUCAUUAAACCCGGUUCAAACCCUAUUGUGGCCGGUCUAGUUCAGACCCUUCUGCAUGUCCUUAGGGUUGGCCUAGCUUAUUUGGUUAUGUUGGCUCUCAUGUCUUUCAAUGGUGGAGUGUUCUUGGUUGCUGUGCUUGGUCAUGCUGUUGGGUUCUUCUUUCGUAGCCGUGCUUUCAAAAAACCACAUCAAGAUGAGAAUUUCGAUCUUCCUCCGUUAUCUUGUUAAUUAUUUUUAUUUUUACUUAUUUGUAUUAAUUACAAAUUAUUUACUAAUUUGUAAUUCAUGUCUUCAGUGUGUUUACUUUGUAGUGUCCAAAUUCCAGGUGAUGAAAUUGCUUAAAAUUCAGAUGCAUGUAUAUAUGCACUUUAUUCAUGUUCAUUAAUAUGUGUUGAUGAAUAUGUUAUUAUCAUUUCGUAUA